UCCUGACUGACUGGUGGUCCUCAUUGAGAUUCAAGAUGAGUCUUUCACUUCAACAGACAGCAACAAUCGAAUCGGAGCACCCAGCAAACACAGCAGUUGAAGAGCCGAUGGAAAGGCAAAGCUUGCAAGAUGUGCUCGCCUUCGCUAAAGAGCUGCUGGCUCAAAAGCCCAGUCGAGGUCUGCUGAAGGUCUACCUGGUGGGCUCCGUGUUCGCGGUGCUCGGGACGCUCAUCGGAUUGGCUGAGCUGGUGUGUCGCCCGCUCUCUUCAGGAGAGCCUAUGGACGCAGAGAUGGUCCUCAUCAUGAUGGACAAAGAGCGGAGGACACAAAAAUCGGAGCCCAAGGUGGAGGAGACUCUGACAAAAGAGCACAAGGACGUCAUCCAGCGCAUACAGACAUUUUCCAAGAGCCAAAGUCAAAGAAAUCUGUGCAAUCGUCUCCAUGCUUCAUAAAAGACACUCUUCCCCCGUGAAAAGACAAAUCAACUAUGCGUUCUCUUCUAGGCCCAUACACAAAAAGACUAAAUGUAAUGUUGGAAAUAUUGUUUUGGACUCUUAGCUGUCAUGAAUUCUCUCUGUGCAGUUGAGUCUUUUCCUUUUGCACAAGCACUUUCACUUAAAUUGUCCCAAGUUUUUGUUCCCUGACGUCAUCUAUUUUCUCUACUACUGUCUGUUGGUGCCUCAACACACCAACAGGGACAUCUAGUGGGGAAGAUUGACACUGCUAUUUUUUUUACAUUUUCCAUGUAUGUCAUUAUGUUGUUUUUUUAUAUAUAAAUAAUA